AUGGCUGAAACUCCAGCCUCGCGUUUGGGACUCAUCCUCGCCGCGAAUGCAGGCUCGUCGUCACUCAAAAUCUCCCUCUUCCGGCGACGCCCCGCUCCGUCCGGUUCUCCCCUCGAUGCCGUCGAGCUCCUCCUCACCUCCACUAUCACCAACAUCUCUGCGCCGCCCGCGCUCUUCUCGUUCUCCCCCGCGUCCUAUGGAGAGGGCCGCGAGGCCAAGAAAGAACCGGCGCGAGACAUCAAGGACCACGCCUCUGCGUUCGCACACUUCCUCGACUACCUCAAGCGCGAGGCGAGCACCGACCGCGACCAAAUCGUGCACAUCUGCCACCGGGUCGUGCACGGCGGCGACUGCUUCAAGCCCGUCGUGAUCACCGACGAGAGCUACCACCACAUCGAACGCCUCUCCGACCUCGCGCCUCUACACAACGGCGGCGCGCUCUCCGUCAUGAAGGCCUGCCUCGCCGCCCUCCCCGCCGCGAACUCCAUCGCGUACUUCGACACCUCCUUCCAUGCCACCAUCCCCGCCCACGUCUCAAUGUACAUGAUCAACCAGGACAUCGCCGAGAAGCGCGGCCUCCGCAAGUACGGCUUCCACGGCCUCAGCUACGCCUCCAUCGUCCAGGCCGUCAGCGAACACUUCAACAAGGACCCCUCCACCAUGAACCUCAUCGUGAUGCACCUCGGCUCCGGCGCGUCCAUGUGCGCCGUCGCAGGCGGGCGCUCCGUCGACACCACCAUGGGCCUCACGCCCGUCUCUGGCCUUCCCGGGGCGACGCGCUCGGGCGCGAUCGACCCCGCGCUCAUCUUCCACUACACGAACCGCGCGGGGCGGAUGUCGCACGACCGCGCGCUCGCGGUCAACGUGCAGGUCACCGAGGCGGAGGAGAUCCUCAACAAGCGCUCCGGCUGGGCCGCGCUCACCGGCACGACGGACUUUGGGGAGAUCGUGCGCCGCAUGCACGAGCACGAGCACGACGGGGAGAACAAGUGGCGGAUGGCGUUCGACCUGCUUUUGGACCGCAUCGUGGGGUACCUUGGGGGGUACUACCUCAAGCUGGGCGGCAGGGUCGACGCGCUGGUGUUUUCGGGGGGUAUUGGGGAGCAUAGUGUCGAACUGCGCGAGGCGGUCGUGGCGAAGGCGGCGUGCAUCGGCUUCGCUAUCGAUCCCGCGGCGAAUGAGAAGGUGGAUGGGAUUGAGGGGGUCGUCGUCAAUAUCGGGCAGUCUGGUGACGACCGUCAUGUGCUCGUGUGUAGGACGGACGAGCAGUUGGAGAUGGCCAGGGAGUGUGCGCUGGAUUCAAGAUUAUGGAAAGAAUGA